CGCGUGACCGGUGACAGCAGCAGCGGGACGCGCGUGCGCGUGCGGCAAUAUUCGGUUCCGUUAUUUCACCCUCAGCGAACCGAACGCACGAGCUCACGAACACACCCGGUUCGAACGGCGGAGGCUGAUCGAUCCACGCGCGAUGAGCGGCGGCGUGUACGGCGGAGAUGAAGUGGGCGCUUUGGUGUUUGAUAUCGGCUCCUUCUCCACUAGAGCAGGAUAUGCAGGAGAGGACUGUCCCAAGGCAGAUUUCCCCACUACUAUAGGAGUGAAUGCUGAGGAGGAGGGGCAAACAGACAUGGGGGCAGAGCAAGAGAGCAACAGUGGGCGGAGUUAUUACAUAGACACCACAGCCCUGCAUGUGCCGCGGGCCGGUGUAGAACUCAUCUCUCCACUGAAGAACGGCAUGAUUGAGGACUGGAACGCAUUUCAAGCCAUAAUCGACCACAUCUACAGCAAACACAUCAAAUCUGAGCCCAGUUUACACCCUGUUCUGAUGUCUGAAGCUCCUUGGAACUCACGGGCAAAGAGAGAAAAACUAACAGAACUCAUUUUCGAGCAUUACAACAUCCCCGCCUUCUUCCUGUGCAAGACCGCCGUGCUCACUGCCUUUGCUAACGGUCGAGCCACCGGCCUCGUGCUGGACAGCGGAGCCACACACACCACUGCCAUCCCAGUGCAUGAUGGGUACGUCCUGCAGCAAGGCAUCGUCAAGUCUCCUCUGGCCGGUGAUUUCAUUACGAUGCAGUGUCGGGAGUUGUUUCAGGAGAUGAACAUCGACACGGUUCCUCCGUACAUGAUCGCAACUAAGGAGCCCGUGAGGGAAGGAGCUCCGCCGCUCUGGACCAAGAAAGACAAACUGCCUCCCGUCACCAAGUCCUGGCACACGUACAUGUGCAACGAGGUGGUUCAGGAUUUCCAGGCGUCGGUGCUGCAGGUGUCUGACUCUCCCUAUGAUGAACAGGUUGCCGCACAGAUGCCGACGGUGCACUAUGAGAUGCCGAGCGGCUACAGCACAGAUUACGGAGCAGAGCGGUUACGGAUCCCUGAAGGACUGUUUGAUCCGUCCAACGUGAAGGGUCUGUCCGGUAACACAAUGCUGGGCGUCGGACACGUGGUCACUACCAGCAUCGGCAUGUGUGACAUCGACAUCCGGCCGGGUCUGUACGGCAGCGUGAUCGUGACGGGAGGAAACACGCUCCUGCAGGGCUUCACGGAGAGACUCAACAGAGAACUGUCUCAGAAAGCACCGCCGAGCAUGAGACUGAAGCUGAUCGCCUGUAACAGCUCCAUCGAGAGGAGAUUCAGCUCCUGGAUCGGAGGAUCAAUCCUGGCAUCACUAAAAGGUCCACGAGCCGAGAUUCGAACUCGGGACGCCCGCAGCGCAACGGCGCUAUGUCAGCACACUACCCACGAGGAUAUUGAUGGGGAACCUUCCAGCAGAUGUGGAUCUCAAAGCAGGAGUAUGAUGAGGGAGGAAAACAGAGCGUGGAGAGAAAAUGCCCCUGAAACACACACACACACACAUGUGCUUCAUCCUGAACUGCUGAAUGAUGUUUCUGUACAAACUACAUCACUGAUCUGAAUACAGUAUUUACAGUAACAGUGUUGUCUGCUGCCAAAAUCCAAAUAAAGAAGAAAUGCCUUCA